UAUGAUUGAAAUUUUAUUUUAUUUAGAUGAAUCUGAGGAGGUGGGCGAGGGAGAUGGAGAGGCCCCCGCUGUUUACACAUUCUCUGUGGAUGUCCACUACUCCAGCUCCAAAGUGUCCAGUCUGGUACUUAUUAAGAGAGGACAGGUGGUGGAGGCAGAGAAAAGUUUUCCCUCACAGAUCAGAGUCAUGAACUUUAGUGAAGGCUCUCCCUAUGAAACACUCCAUGCCUAUGUUAGUAAUGCUGUCUCUCCAUUCUUCAAGUCGUACAUAAAGGAAACUGGAAAAGCAGAGAGAGAUGGAGAUAAAAUGGCCCCAACUGUAGAAAAGAAGAUAUCAGAGCUGGAGAUGGGGUUGUUACAUCUUCAACAGAAUAUAGACAUCCCAGAAAUCAAUCUCCCCAUUCACCCAGUCGUGUCAGCGGUGAUUAAGAAAUGUGCUGAGGAGGGAAGGAAACCGAAAGUAGAGGACUUUGGGGACAAAGUGGAAGAUGCACAGUUUUUGAAUGCAUUACAGAGUGGUGUCAACAGAUGGAUCAGGGAAAUUCAAAAGGUGACAAAACUAGACAGGGAUCCUGCCUCAGGCACAGCUCUUCAGGAGAUCAGUUUCUGGCUUAAUUUGGAGAGAGCACUUCUAAGAAUUCAGGAGAAACGAGAGAGUCCAGAGAUUGUUCUAACAUUGGAUAUUCUUAAACAUGGCAAACGCUUCCAUGCAACUGUCAGUUUUGACACUGAUACAGGAUUGAAGCAAGCAAUGGCAACAGUGAAUGACUACAACCAGCUGAUGAAGGAUUUCCCUCUCAAUGAUCUCCUGUCUGCAACAGAGCUUGACAGGAUCCGGGUCGCACUGUCUGCCAUCUUUAUCCAUUUGCGUAAAAUUCGACCAACAAAGUACCCAAUCCAAAGAUGUCUACGGCUUGUAGAGGCUAUUUCAAGAGAUCUUAGCUCACAAUUACUUAAGGUUCUGGGAACUCGUCGUUUAAUGCACAUCCCAUACGAUGAAUUUGAGAAAGUGAUGACAGCCUGCUUUGAGGUGUUUGGGACUUGGGAUGAUGAGUAUGAAAAACUCCAGGGUCUGUUGAGAGACUUGGUGAAAAAGAAGAGAGAAGAGCAUCUUAGAAUGGUAUGGAGGGUAAAUCCAGCCCACAAACGCCUCCAAGCUCGACUAGAUCAGAUGAAAAAAUUUCGACGUCAGCAUGAACAGUUAAGACAGGUCAUUGUGCGAGUGCUGCGUCCAACAACAACAACAAAACCAGCCCAGGCCGGAACUCCAGGUCAAGAAGAAGCUGAUGCCAAGGUCGUCAAACCUCUCGUGGAUGAAGUAGCUGAUGCUAAUGCCAUUGAGGAGGUUAACUUGGCUUAUGAGAAUGUGAAGGAAGUUGAUGGUUUGGAUGUGUCCAAAGAAGGUUCAGAUGCCUGGGAAGCAGCCAUUAAAAGGUAUGAUGAGAGAAUAGAUCGAGUUGAGACAAGGAUCACUGCAAAGCUAAGGGACCAGUUAGGAACAGCAAAGAAUGCCAAUGAAAUGUUCCGUAUUUUCUCCCGCUUCAAUGCACUGUUUGUCAGACCUCACAUUCGUGGAGCAAUCAGAGAGUACCAGACCCAGCUCAUUCAGAGAGUUAAAGAUGACAUUGAGGCACUUCAUGAAAAAUUCAAAGUUCAGUACAUUCACAGCACUGCCUGUAAGAUGAGUAAAGUUAGAGACUUGCCACACGUUUCCGGAAGAAUUGUUUGGUCAAGACAGAUUGAGCACCAGCUGAAUGCAUUGUUGAGCCAUGUCGAGGUGGUCCUUGGAAAAGGCUGGGAAAACCAUGUGGAGGGACAACAACUAAAGAAUGAUGGAGAGAGCUUCAGACUGAAACUCAACACACAGGAAUUGUUUGAAGAAUGGCAAAGAAGGGUUCAAGGAAGACAGUUGGUAGUAACAGGAAGAAUAUUUAGUGUUCAGAGCUUCAAGUCCAAAGUCAUGGGUAAAGGAAAUGUUCUGAAGCUGUGUGUCAAUUUCCAGCCUGAAGUUAUAGCUUUGUCAAAGGAGGUGAGAAAUCUGAGGUGGCUAGGAUUCCGAGUUCCCUUAGCUAUAGUCAACAAAGCUCAUCAGGCAAACCAGCUGUAUCCAUUUGCCAUUUCUCUGAUUGAAAGUGUGAAAACCUACCAGAGAACCCUUGAAAAGAUUGAUGCAAGAAUCACCAUUGUGUUGUUAGUGGCUGGGUUGAGGAAGGAAGUGCAGAAUCUCAUUGCAGAGGGCGUUGGUCUGGUGUGGGAAUCUUACAAGUUGGAGCCAUACGUUCUAAGAUUGGCUGACACAGAAAACGGCUUCCAAGAAAAGGUGGAUGAUUUAGUGGCCAUUGAAGAGGAGAUUGAGUUGGAAGUGAAGGCUUUAGAGACCUGUGCCUACAGUAAUGCAGUGUUCACAGAAAUCCUGGGUAAAAUCCAGAAGGCAGUGGACAACCUUAGUCUGCACUCCUACUCCAACCUACCACAGUGGGUGGCCAAGCUCGACCAAAGGGUGGAGGCAGCAUUGGCAGGGCGUCUAGAGGCCGGUUUGAAGGCCUGGACACAGGUAUUGUUGGGUCAGGACCAGUCCUCCACAGACAAUACAAUGGACACAGAUGAACCACAGAAACAGGCCAACAAGCCUGGAGGAGAUCCACAUAUCAAGCCCAUGGUGCACGAGUUGAGAAUCACCAACCAGCUUAUCUACGUUAAUCCACCAGUGGAGGAGUCCAGGGUCAACAUCAUGCAGGAACUGUUUGGCUGGGAGGCAGUCAUCACAAGUCUGCCACGUAUCAGGCACUCCAGAUAUCAGGUUGGAUUGGACGUGGAGUCAGAAUCAGAGAGCACCUACAGGAAUGUGUUGACUAAACUCCCCGGGGGUCAGAUCGUGCUGGAGGAUGCCUACUCAGCUAUACAGGCCGUCAUGAAGGAGUUUGACAAAUAUGUCAAGGUUUGGCUGAGAUACCAGUCUCUUUGGGAUUUGAACCCAGAUGUGUUGUACAGCCGCUUGGGACUAAAGAUCAAGUUAUGGAUGAAUACUCUGGAAGAAAUCAAGUCUUCUAGAAAAACAUUUGACACCUCUGAAACUCAGAAGGAAAUAGGACCUAUUAUUGUGCAGUUUGGAAAGGUGCAAUCCAAAGUGAGUUUGAAAUAUGAUUCCUGGCAUAAGGAGGUCCUCAGCAAAUUUGGAAGCCUUCUUGGAAAUGAAAUGACAGAAUUCCAUUCAGCAAUAUCCAAGGGGUUUUCGAUGCUGGAACAGCAGUCUAUUGAUACAGCUAAUACUUCUGAGGCUGUAGGCCUAAUCACUCAAGUCCAGGCCUUGAAGCGAAGAAUGAAGAACUGGGAAAAGCAAGUCAAUAUGUACAAAGAAGGACAGAGGAUCUUGGAGCGACAGAGAUUCCAGUUCCCCACUAACUGGCUUUAUAGUGACAAUAUUGAGGGGGAGUGGGGGGCCUUUAAUGACAUUAUGAAGAGGAAGGACUCCUCUAUCCAGACCCAGGUGGCCAGUUUACAGAUGAAGAUAGUGUCAGAGGAUAAGGUGGUGGAGAGUAAGACAAUGGAGCUACUGUCUGAGUGGGACAAGGACAAACCCGUCACUGGUGAACUCAAACCAGAUGAAGCAGUCAAGGCCUUGACAAUAUUUGAGGGAAAAUUCAAUCGCCUGAAGGAGGAGAGAGAAAAUGUGGCAAAAGCUAAGGAGGCCCUGGAACUCUCAGAACCAGGUCAGCUGAGUGCCAGUGAGGAGAGAAUGCAGGUGGCCCAUGAAGAAUUACAGGACCUGAAGGGAGUAUGGGCUGAGCUGUCUAAAAUCUGGGAACAAAUUGAUGAACUCAAAGAGAAACCUUGGCUCUCUGUACAACCCAGAAAGAUAAGACAGUCUUUGGAUGGAUUACUCAACCAACUAAAGGAACUACCAUCCAGACUAAGAACAUAUGCUUCAUACGACUAUGUCAAAAGAACCCUACAAGGGUAUGCAAAGGUGAAUGUCCUGAUUGUGGAACUGAAGUCAGAGGCCCUGAAAGAGAGACACUGGAAACAGCUAACCAAGAAGCUAAAUGUACGCUGGGUGUUGUCAGACCUUACCCUCGGUCAUGUAUGGGAUAUUGACCUCAUUAGACAUGAACACAUCGUCAGAGACAUUAUUCUUAUUGCUCAAGGAGAAAUGGCUCUGGAGGAAUUCUUGAAGCAGGUCAGUGAGGUCUGGAGAAGCUAUGAGCUGGAGCUGAUUAAUUACCAGAACAAGUGUCGACUAAUCCGAGGCUGGGACGAUCUCUUCACAAAAGUCAAGGAACACAUCAACAGUGUGUCAGCCAUGAAGUUGUCACCAUACUACAAGCAAUUUGAGGAAGAUGCUUUAGCCUGGGAAGACAAACUGAACAGGAUCAAUGCCUUGUUUGAUGUUUGGAUUGAUGUCCAGAGAAGAUGGGUGUACCUGGAGGGUAUAUUUACUGGCAGUGCUGAUAUCAAGGCUCUGCUUCCAGUGGAAACUUCACGAUUCCAGGGAGUAAGCACUGAGUUUCUGGCUCUGAUGAAGAAGGUGACACGCUCCCCGUUAGUGAUGGAUGUAGUGAACAUCCCUAAUGUUCAGAAACAGCUGGAGCGACUCUCAGAUCUCCUGGGCAAAAUCCAGAAAGCACUCGGAGAGUAUUUGGAGAGAGAAAGAGCUUCAUUCCCAAGAUUCUACUUUGUUGGAGAUGAAGAUUUGCUGGAGAUCAUUGGUAACAGUAAAAAUGUUGCUCGUCUACAGAAACACUUCAAGAAGAUGUUUGCUGGUGUGGCCACCAUCACGUUAAACGAAGACAACUCCCAGGUCACAGGGCUCCUAUCAAAGGAAGGAGAAGAGGUUGUGUUUGCCACUCCUGUUUCUAUUGCUGCCAAUCCUAAGAUAAAUGAAUGGUUGACCUUGACAGAGAAGGAGAUGAGGGUGACCCUGGCCAAGCUGCUACAGGCUGCUGUCAAGGACGUUGCUAAGUUUAAGUCUGGUCAGAUUGACCCCAAUCAAUAUCUAGAGUGGAUAGAUAAGUAUCAGGCCCAGCUGGUGGUGCUGGCCUCCCAGGUGUCCUGGUCUGAGAGUGUCCAGUCAGCCCUGUCAAAUAUCGCCAGCUCUAAGAACCCCGCGGACCUGACCGCCCUGACGGACGUCCUACAGGUAGUAGACAACACACUGAAUGUACUGGCCGACUCCGUCCUACUGAAUCAACCUCCAGUCAGGAGGAAGAAAAUGGAGCAUUUGAUUACAGAAUUAGUACAUCAGAGAGAUGUGACAAGAACAUUAGUGAAGAACAAAGUGAACAGUCCUAAGUGUUUUGACUGGCUGUGUCAGAUGAGGUUUUACUUUGAUCCCAAGAACUCGGAUGUUUUACAGCAGCUGUCUAUUCAGAUGGCCAAUGCUAAGUUUAACUAUGGCUUUGAGUACCUGGGUGUACAGGAUAAGCUGGUCCAGACUCCGCUGACAGACCGGUGUUACCUGACGAUGACCCAGGCCCUGGAGGCCAGGCUGGGAGGGUCACCAUUUGGUCCUGCUGGUACUGGAAAGACUGAGUCUGUUAAAGCUCUAGGAAAUCAGCUGGGAAGAUUCGUGCUGGUCUUCAACUGUGAUGAGAACUUUGACUUCCAGGCUAUGGGUCGCAUCUUUGUGGGUCUGUGUCAGGUAGGAGCUUGGGGAUGCUUUGAUGAGUUUAACAGGUUAGAGGAGAGAAUGUUAUCUGCCGUAUCACAACAAAUUCAGACCAUACAGGAAGCUCUCAAAGAUAUGGUUGGCAAGAAAGAAAAGACCUCCACUGCAGUAGAACUGAUUGGUAAACAGGUCCGAGUAAAUCCAGACAUGGCCGUGUUUAUCACCAUGAACCCUGGAUACGCCGGAAGAUCCAAUCUCCCAGAUAACCUGAAGAAGCUGUUCAGAAGUUUAGCAAUGACCAAACCAGACAGACAACUCAUUGCUCAAGUCAUGUUGUAUUCUCAAGGAUUCAGGAUGGCUGAGAAACUCGCUAAAAAAAUUGUUCCUUUCUUCAAGCUUUGUGAUGAGCAGUUGUCUCCACAAUCUCAUUAUGACUUUGGUUUACGAGCCCUGAAGAGUGUACUUGUAAGUGCCGGCAAUCUGAAGCGGGACAAGAUACAGAAAGUCCGUGAAGGAAUGCUGGAGAGAGGAGAGAAUGUAGACGAAAGGUCUAUUGCUGAAAACCUCCCUGAACAGAAAAUUUUGAUACAGAGUGUUAUGGAGACAGUGGUACCUAAGCUGGUGGCUGAAGAUAUCCCACUCCUGUACAGUUUACUGUCUGAUGUGUUCCCCGGGGUACAGUACGACCCAGCUGAAAUGACCGCCCUCAGACAGGAGAUCAAGAAAGUGUGUCAGGAGAGGUACCUCACAUACGGAGAACAGGACGAACAAGGAUCACAGUGGGUGUCAAAGGUACUACAGCUGUAUCAGAUUACAAACCUCCAUCAUGGUUUGAUGAUGGUGGGUCCCAGUGGCAGUGGAAAGUCAAAGGCGUGGCAGGUCUUACUGAAAGCUCUGGAGAGAUUGGAGGGAACUGAGGGCGUGGCUCAUGUUAUUGACCCCAAGUCCAUUUCCAAAGAGGCUUUAUAUGGUACUCUAGAUCCCAAUACAAGAGAAUGGUCUGAUGGUCUCUUUACUCAUGUAUUAAGAAAGAUAAUAGACAAUGUGAGAGGAGAGCUUCAGAAGAGACAGUGGAUUAUCUUUGAUGGUGAUGUGGAUCCUGAAUGGGUAGAAAAUUUAAACUCUGUGUUAGACGAAAACAAACUUCUUACCCUCCCCAAUGGAGAACGUCUGGCCAUUCCACCAAAUGUGAGGAUCAUGUUUGAGGUACAGGACCUGAAGUUUGCAACCCUGGCCACGGUCAGUAGGUGUGGUAUGGUGUGGUUCAGUGAAGACGUCCUGUCUCCCGAGAUGAUAUACGAAAAUUACCUCCGAACACUGAAGAAUGUGUCACUAGACGAGGGGGAGGAAGAAUCACCUAAGGUCCUCACAGGAGAGGCAGAGGAAACUCUGUCUGCUACAAUGCAGGUUCAGAGAGACUGUGCUAACAUCUUGGGUCCGUAUUUUAACUCUGAUGGUGUGGUGAACCGUGCACUGGAGUAUGCUAUAAGUUUGGAUCACAUUAUGGACUUUACUCGAUUGAGAGCUCUCAGUUCUCUGUUUUCAAUGAUAAACCAAGGAGUCAGAAACAUUAUAGCUUACAAUAACACUCAUGUGGACUUCCCAAUGCAGCAAGACCAGGUAGAGAAAUACAUUACAAAGUACUUGAUCUACUCCAUUCUGUGGUCUAUGUCUGGUGAUGGACGUCUAAAGAGUCGACAAGAACUCGGUGACUUUGUCCGAGGAAUCACAGACAUUCCACUGCCACCCACCACCAAUCAACUCAUCAUUGAUUUCGAGGUGUCCAUAUCUGGAGAAUGGAUCCCCUGGCAGUCUAAAGUCCCUGUAGUGGAGGUGGAGACCCAUAAGGUGGCCGCCCCAGACGUGGUCAUCCCCACCAUCGACACGGUCAGACACGAGGCCCUGCUAUACACCUGGCUGGCAGAACACAAACCCCUCGUACUGUGUGGUCCCCCAGGCUCAGGAAAAACCAUGACACUGUUCAGUGCUCUCAGAUCCUUACCAGAUAUGGAGGUGGUUGGUCUGAACUUUUCUAGUGCCACAACACCAGAACUGCUGCUGAAAACAUUUGACCAAUACUGUGAGUACAGACGUACUCCCAACGGGGUGGUGAUGUCCCCCAUACAGAUGAACAAGUGGCUGGUUCUCUUCUGUGACGAGAUAAAUCUGCCAAAUAUGGAUAGAUACAACACCCAGCGUGUGAUUUCCUUCCUGAGACAGAUGUUGGAACAUGGAGGAUUUUACAGGACGUCAGACCACACCUGGGUCAAGUUUGAGAGGAUGCAGUUUGUGGGUGCCUGUAACCCUCCCACUGAUCCAGGGAGAAAACCCCUGUCUCACAGGUUUUUGAGACAUGUCCCUGUGGUGUAUGUUGACUACCCAGGAAAGAUUUCCUUGACUCAGAUCUAUGGAACUUUCAACAGAGCCAUGCUGAGACUUGUUCCCAGUCUAAAACCAUAUGCAGAGCCUUUAACCAAUGCUAUGGUGGAAUUCUAUCUCAUGUCACAGGAGAAAUUUACCCAGGACAUGCAGCCCCACUACGUGUACAGUCCCAGAGAGAUGACUCGGUGGGUGCGUGGUAUCUGCGAGGCCCUCAGACCUCUGGACAACUUAGAUGUGGACGGCCUGGUCAGAAUUUGGGCCCAUGAAGCCCUGAGGUUGUUCCAAGAUAGGUUGAUUGAAGAUGAGGAAAGAAGAUGGACAGAUGAAAAUGUAGAUGCUGUUGCAUUCAAAAACUUCCCCAACAUUAAUCGUGAAGCAGCCCUAGCCAGACCCAUCCUGUUCAGUAACUGGCUCUCCAAGGACUAUGUGCCAGUGGACAGAGAGAGAUUGAGGGAAUAUGUCAAAGCCAGGCUUAAGGUCUUCUAUGAGGAGGAGUUGGAUGUCCCCCUGGUGUUAUUUGAUGAGGUUCUGGACCACGUGCUGAGGAUUGACAGAAUUUUCAGACAGCCUCAGGGGCAUGUUCUCCUGAUAGGGGUCAGUGGAUCAGGAAAGACAACUCUGUCCAGGUUUGUGGCCUGGAUGAAUGGACUGAGUACCUAUCAGAUCAAGGUCCAUAACAAGUACUCCGCAGCAGACUUUGAUGAGGACUUGAGAAAUGUGUUGAGAAGAUCUGGAUGCAAGGAUGAGAAGAUAGCUUUCAUCAUGGAUGAGUCCAAUGUGUUGGACUCUGGAUUCCUGGAGAGAAUGAACACAUUGCUGGCCAAUGCUGAGGUGCCAGGUCUGUUUGAGGGAGAUGAGUACACCACUCUGAUGACCCAGUGUAAGGAGGGGGCCCAGAGGGAGGGACUCAUGUUAGACUCGGGGGAGGAGCUCUAUAAAUGGUUCACAGGACAGGUGAUGAAGAACUUACAUGUAGUAUUUACAAUGAACCCCUCAACUGAAGGUCUCAAAGAUAGAGCUUCUACAUCACCAGCCUUGUUCAACAGGUGUGUCUUGAACUGGUUUGGUGACUGGUCCAAUGGAGCCCUGUACCAGGUUGGUCGUGAAUUCACAAACAAGAUAGACCUAGAGAAAGGAAACUACAUGGCUCCGGAGAAUAUUCCGGCCAUGCAUGAGCUUCCAGUCAGUCCGUCACAUCGUGAGGUGGUCAUCAAUGCCUUCGUCUUUGUCCACCUGUCUCUACAUCAGGCUAAUGCUCGUGUUCUGAAGAGAGGAGGGAGAAUUACCGCUGUCACCCCACGACACUAUCUGGACUUCAUCAACCAUUUUGCCAAGCUGUACAAUGAGAAGCGUUCUGACUUGGAGGAACAACAGCUUCACCUGAACAUAGGUCUCCAGAAAAUCAAGGAGACGGUAGAACAGGUGGAGGAGUUACAGAAAUCACUGUCUGUCAAACGACUGGAACUGGAGGAGAAGAACGCCGCGGCUAACGCCAAACUCAAACAGAUGGUAAAAGAUCAACAAGAAGCUGAAGCCAAGAAGGUGAUGUCCCAGGAGAUUCAAACCGCUCUAAUGGCCCAGACCAAGGUCAUUGAUGAGAAGAAGCUGGACGUCAAGGCUGACCUGGCCCAGGUAGAGCCCGCUGUCAUAGAGGCCCAGCAAGCUGUUAAAUCCAUCAAGAAACAACACUUAGUUGAGGUCAAGUCUCUGCCCAACCCCCCUCCUGUCGUGAAAAUUGCCAUAGAGUCUAUAUGUACUCUGUUGGGAGAGACCGACUUAGACUGGAAGUCCCUCCGUGGUAUCAUCAUGAGAGAAAACUUUAUUUCCACAAUUGUCCAUUUCACCACUGACAAUAUAUCGGAUGAUAUUCGUGCAAAAAUGAAGAACAAAUACCUCUCCAACCCAGACUACAACUACGAAAAAGUGAACAGAGCUAGCUUGGCCUGUGGUCCUAUGGUUAAAUGGGCCAUUGCACAGAUCAGUUAUGCUGACAUGCUGAAGAAGAUUGAUCCUCUGAGAAAUGAGCUAAAGGAUUUAGAGACCCAAGCCAAGGAGAAUCAGCAGAAAGCUGAGGAGGUGAACAAGACGAUAGCCGGCCUGGAGAAGAGUAUCGCCAAGUACAAGGAGGAGUACGCCAUGCUGAUCAGUCAGGCCCAGGCCAUCAAACAGGACCUCUCCAAUGUCGAGGCCAAGGUGGAGAGAAGUAUUGCCCUGCUGAAGAGUCUGGAUGAUGAGAAGCUAAGAUGGGAGUCCAGCAGUGAGACCUUUAAGAGUCAAAUGUCCACCAUUGUAGGAGAUGUCCUUCUGUCCUGUGCCUUUAUGGCUUAUGCUGGUUACUUUGACCAACAAAUGAGGAGGAAUCUGUUUACAUCAUGGACCACUCAUCUUCAGACUGCUAGUGUACAGUUCAGGAGUGAUCUGGCAAGGGUGGAGUACCUGUCUAAUGCUGAUGAGCGAGUGAGAUGGCAGGCCAACACUCUGCCCGCUGAUGACCUGUGUACAGAGAAUGCUAUCAUGUUGAAGAGGUUUAACAGGUACCCCCUGAUCAUUGACCCCUCCGGUCAGGCCACAGAGUUCCUCAUGAAUGAGUACAAAGACAAGGGCAUCAAAAAGACCAGCUUCCUUGAUGAUGCAUUUAGAAAGAAUUUGGAAAGUGCGGUGAGAUUUGGAAAUCCUCUGCUUGUGCAGGAUGUAGAGAGCUAUGACCCCAUUCUAAACCCUGUCCUGAACCGAGAGUUGAGGAAGACUGGAGGACGUAUACUGAUCACACUGGGAGACCAAGAGAUCGAUUUCUUUCCCAAGUUCACCAUCUUCUUGUCCACUAGGAAUCCUAACGCUGAUUUCCCUCCAGAUUUGUGCUCCAGAGUAACAUUUGUGAACUUUACAGUUACAAGAGGAAGUUUACAGGACCAGUGUCUGAAUCAGGUACUGAAGUCUGAGAGACCAGAUGUAGAUGCAAAGAGAUCAGAUCUGUUGAAGUUGCAAGGUGAGUUUCAGCUUAAGCUCCGACACCUGGAGAAAUCCCUUCUCCAGGCUCUGAAUGCUUCCAAAGGUAAGAUACUGGAUGACGACAGCAUCAUAAGUCACUUAGAGACCCUGAAGAAGGAGGCGUCGGAGGUGGCACGUAAAGUGGAGGAGACUGACGCCAUUAUGGCGGAGGUGGAGACGACAUCCCAGCAGUACGUCCCCCUGGCCACGUCCUGUAGUAGUAUCUACUUCUCCAUGGAGGCCCUCCAACAGGUUCACUUCUUGUACCAAUAUUCUCUGCAACUAUUCUUGGAGAUUUUCCACUCUGUGCUACAGAGCAGUAAACUGAAUGGUGUGAAGGAUUAUACUGCUCGGUUAAACAUCAUCACAAAUGAACUGUUCCAGGAAACAUAUUGCAGGGUAGGAAGAGGCAUGCUGUAUGAAGAUAGAGUCACGUUUGCUAUACAGCUCAGCAGAAUCUGUCUGAAGGGAAUGCCAAGUGAGUCCACAUAUGAGGAUGAAUUUAUCAUGUUCAUGAGAAGUCAAGAAGCACUUCUUGGUAUAGGGGAAAAAUCUGCCCCAGAAAUUCCUGGGUUAACUUCACAGCAGAAAUCAGCCAUGAUGAGACUUACCAAGCACAGAGCAUUCAAAGACCUUGUACAGGAAAUCAAGGGAAAUGAGGAAUUUAAGGCAUGGAUAGACAGUGCCACACCAGAGAUGGAUGUCGUAAAAGUUUGGAAUGAAGACAAACCAGCCAGCCCUAUUUGUAAGGCUGUUUAUGGAUUGUUGACCAUUCAGGCCUUCAGACCAGACAGAACCACCUCAAUGGCCAGAGUGUUUGUGGAAAAAGUCCUGGGAUCAUCUUUCUUACACAAUGCUGAAAAAGAACUACAACUGUCAGGCAUUGUUGAAAAUGAGAUAAAAGCCAAUACCCCUGUGUUAAUGUGUUCAGUACCAGGGUAUGAUGCUAGUGGAUGGGUAGAUGACUUGGCUGCGGAGCUUGGGAAACAACUGACAUCCAUUGCCAUAGGUUCGGCUGAAGGAUUUACUCAAGCUGACAAGGCAAUAAAUGCCUCCAGUAAGUCUGGUCGCUGGGUCAUGUUGAAGAACGUCCAUCUGGCCCCCAAUUGGCUGGUGUCCCUGGAGAAGAAACUUCACAGCCUGACCCCUCACCCCAACUUCAGACUCUUCCUCACCAUGGAGAUCAAUCCUAAGCUGCCCUCCAACCUGCUGAGAGCUGGCCGUAUCUUUGUGUUUGAGCCACCCCCCGGAGUGUCCGCUAAUCUAUCUAGAACGUUCACCACUGUCCCAGCCUCACGAAUGUGCAAGGCCCCCAAUGAGCGAUCCCGUCUGUACUUCCUGCUGGCCUGGCUCCACGCUAUUGUACAGGAGAGGAUGAGGUACACACCCUUGGGCUGGGCCAAGAAAUAUGAGUUCACAGAAUCAGACCUUAAAGUGGCCUGUGACAUGUUAGAUACCUGGAUAGACUCUGUUGCUAUGGGACGAACCAAUCUUCCUCCAGAAAAAGUACCUUGGGAUGCUAUCAAAACACUGUUAUCACAGUGUAUAUACGGAGGCAAGAUUGAUAAUGAUUUUGAUCAGAGACUGUUGACGACAUUUAUUGAGAAGUUGUUCUCACCUAAAAGUUUUGAAGGUGACUUCACCCUGGUCAGCAAUGUAGAUGGACACGGCAAAAAGAUUCUCAUGCCAGAUGGAGUCCAGAGAGAGCAGUUUGUGCAGUUUGCUGACAUGCUGGAGAACGACAGCCAGACUCCUUCCUGGUUAGGUCUCCCAAACAAUGCUGAGAAAGUGCUCAGGUCAAACUUAGGAUCUAAGCUGAUUGCCAAGUUAAUGAAGAUGCAGUUGAUUGAGGAAGAUGAUGAUUUGGCCUAUGGUGCCACCCCCGAAGACGAGGAGAAGCGACUGGCUGAUGGCCGUCCUGCUUGGAUGAGGACUCUCCACACAUCUGUGUCUACCUGGAUGUCACUGAUUCCCAAGAUUUCUAUAUUUAAGGAAGGAAAGGCUGUUGGAGCAUUAAAAAGAACAGCAGACAAUAUUAAAGAUCCUCUGUUCCGUUUCUUUGAACGUGAAGUAAAUCUUGGAGCCAAGCUGUUACAUGACAUCCGUCAGGACUUACAAGAUGUCAUGCUGAUCUGCCAGGGAGACAAGAAACCAACUAACCAUCAUCGUUCUAUGAUGGCAGAUCUUUCCAGAGGUAUAAUACCUUUGUCCUGGAGGAGAUACACAGUGCCUCAGGGUAUUACUGUGAUCCAGUGGAUAACAGACUUCUCUCUGAGAGUGAAACAGCUACAGGCAAUAGUUCAGACCACCCAGCAGGGAGGCACCAAGGAACUCAAGAAUUUCAGUGUAUGGUUGGGAGGCCUGUUUAUUCCUGAGGCCUACAUCACAGCCACUAGGCAGUAUGUCGCCCAGGCCAACAGCUGGUCCUUGGAGGAGCUCUACCUGGAUGUGAAAGUUUUGGAUAAUGCUGGCGAAUCAAUGGAUGCUUGCAGUUUUAGUGUUAAGGGUCUGAAGCUUCAAGGAGCCAUCUGUAAGAAGAACAAGCUACAGCUGAGUACCACAAUCUCCACUGAGCUGCCAGUCACUCUGUUGAGAUGGAUCAGAAUGGAUGACAAUGCCAUAACUGCAGGAAAGGUAACUCUUCCAGUGUACCUGAAUGCAACUCGCUCCCAUCUGUUGUUCACCCUGGACUUUGACACGGAGGGUGAGGGGUCCGGCAAAGACCACAGCUUCUACGAGAGAGGAGUGGCCAUUAUUUCCUCAGAUCUGGGAUAAACAGAAAGUGUACUCACACACUGUAACCAUCAGUUGACUCUAUUUGUGUUUAAAAGUAUCAAUUGUGGCGGUUUUUGUUUUGCAACUUUCCUCUCUAUAUAUAAACAUGUAUUAGAACACAAUAUGACAGAAUUUGCUUUUAGUGUUUGCUUGUAGCUCCUGUAUACUUAGAAUGUCAGUGCUAU